AUGGUGCCAAGCUUGCUGUCGUACAGCGAGGGCGAUGACGGCGAGCUCAUCACAUACGGCUUUUUAGCCAAGGAGGACAUCGCCCAGGCUAAGGGCAAGGCCAUCUACGGCAUGUUCAAGAAUGAGUUUCCUGACGGCAUGGUGAAGCCACUGCGUGGCUCAGGCCCCAAGAGGAGCGCGGAAGAGCUCUUCCUCGCCAUGGCGCAGAAGCUUCUCGGCGACAUCAAGGUCUUCUACAACAAGAACAGGCACAUGGGCGCCUACCAGGCCCCCCCAUGGGACGAGGCCAACAUUGACUUCGCCUUGAGCGUCCCCGCCUCAGCCGUAUUCGCUGAUACAGCCACAUCCGCCGAUGCAGCCACAUCCGCCGAUGCAGCCACAUCCGCCGAUGCAGCCACAUCCGCCGAUACAGGCACAUCCACUUAUACGGGCAAGAGGCUUCGGCAGAUUCUCAUCAAAGCUGGAUUCGACUCGGUUGAUGGCCACUCCGUCCUCGAGGACGUGAUUACAGAAAGCCAGGCCGCAGCCAUUUAUUCGCUGUACACAGCCACCAGCCCCGAUAUUUUCCAGGUCAACCAGACGACCAUUGUCGUAGACGCUGGGGGUGGGACAUCGGAUCUUUGCGUCCUCCGUGUGGAAGACCCGGUCGCGCGGACGGUCACGCUUUAA